AUGCGGGCGACACUUGUGUGCUUCCUGUUGGCUCUGUUCUCGCCGGGAGAAUGCGUUCGAUCACUCGGUGAUCCCAACUACUUUUGUGAUGCAAAAUUGAUGGCACCGAGCGCAAAAGUGCCGACUAAUGUAAAUCAACUUCGACCGGCUGACAUCACCGUUAUUGGAGCGAUCGGAGACUCGUUGACGGCAGCCAAUGGAGCCGGUGCCCCGAAAGAUCCCCCAGAUCCGCUUGCAAUCAUCCUCCAAUAUCGAGGUCUCUCUUUCCAUGCUGGUGGACAAUUGACUCUCGAAGAACAAAUCACUGUGCCAAAUAUCCUCAAGAAAUACAACCCAAACUUGAAAGGAUAUGCCGUGAACACUGGAUCGGAAAACGUUUGGGAGGUGGCUAAAUUGAAUGGUGGAAUCCCGGGAGCAAAAAGUCUAGCUGGAGGACAAAAUUUGACCGCUCAAGCCAAGGCUCUCAUCCAGAAAAUGAAGGCUCAUCCAGAGAUUGACAUUGAAAACGACUGGAAACUACUGAGCAUCUUCAUUGGUGGAAAUGACGUGUGUGGAUGGUGCUCUCAUCCGUACCCUGGUCCCGACAGUGAUGUUUCACCUGAAGGUUAUGCUAAAGGAAUCUAUGAUGCUGUUCAAGUGUUCAGUCAACUACCAAGAACAAUCGUUUCUUUGAUGGGUUUCAUGCAUAUGGAUCUGUUGAGAAAAAUCGACAAUGGACAAUUCUUCUGUCAAGCGCUACAUGUUUUCGAGUGUCACUGCGAGGCGGACAAUGUCUCGGACGCUGAUCUCCGAAAUGUCUCCAUUUCGUACCAGAUUGAAGCUCAAAAGAUCGAGGACGCACACGAGUUCGAGCGAGACGAUUUCACUUUUGUCAUUCAACCAUGGUUCCAAAAUGUCGAUCAACUGCCUCAAGUGAAAAACGAGUCUUUCCUCGACUUCUUUGCCCCGGAUUGCUUCCAUUUCUCGCAGCUUGGGCAUUCGAUUGUGGGGCACAACUUGUGGAACAACAUGCUACAACCAGUUGGAAGCAAGGAUCAUUGGAUGGAUCUCGGCAUCACUGAGGCUCAUCUCAGCUGUCCCGAUCCGACUUGCCCCUUCUUCCGAACCUACAAGAACAGUCAGGAUUGCUCACAAUACAUGAGCCCAGAGCCUAUCACAGCCUCGGUCAUCAUGAAAAGCUUUCUACUUCUGGCGCUUGCGUUGACGCAAACAGCUUUGGCUGACUUGAAAACCCUCGGAGCUCCCGGUUUCACAUGUGAUCCGAAAGUGAUGGUGCCAAGUGCACACGUGCCAACAAAUGUCAACCAAGUUCGCUUUGCUGACAUCAAAGUGAUCGGCGCGAUUGGAGACUCGUUGACGGCAGCAAACGGAGCUGGAGCUGCUCCACAUGAUGCGAUCGCUGUCAUUCUUCAGUACAGAGGAUUGUCUUUCCACGCGGGAGGACAGGUCGAUCUCGAUGAGCAGAUCACUGUGCCCAAUAUUAUGAAGCGGUUCAAUCCCAGCAUUCAGGGAUACGCCGUUGGAACGGGAUCCGAGAACGUUUGGGAGGUGGCUCGACUGAAUGGAGGAGUGCCGGGAGCCGAGAGUGGAGAUCUCAAGGGACAAGCUGAGAGUCUCAUCACAAAGAUGAAGAAUCAUCCUGAUAUCGAUUUCCAAAAUGACUGGAAGUUGAUCAAUUUGUUCAUCGGUGGAAACGACAUUUGCGCCUAUUGCCAAGAUAAGAUCAAGAACUCUUCGGGAACUCACUCACCUGAACAUUUCCGUGACAAUAUCAAAGCCGCCGUGCAAGUUUUCAAGGACAAAAUGCCAAGAACCAUUGUUUCAAUGACUGGAAUGUUCAACAUGGGAAUGCUGAGACGAGUCGAUAGGGGACAAUUCUUCUGUGAUGGACUUCAUACAUUCGAAUGCCCAUGCGAGGCCGACAAGAACUUCACAAAUGCCGACAUCGAUGAUGUUUGCCAGAAUUACAUGAAAACCCAACAACAACUCCAAGAUACCGGAGUCUUCGAGGCCGAUGAUUUCACUCUCGUCAUUCAACCAUUCUUCAACGGUGUUCACACUCCACCAAUGGCGGACGGAAAAGUCGAUUUGACCUUCUUUGCCCCCGAUUGCUUCCAUUUCUCGAAAUUUGGACACGCUGUGGUGGCGAAGAACCUGUGGAACACAAUUGUGCAACCAGUUGGGCAAAAGCAGACACAAGUGAAUCUGUCAGAUGCGAAUCCAACUCUCAGCUGUCCAUCAACGACAUGUCCUUUCGUCCCGACGGUGAAGAACAGUCAAAAUUGUGCUCAAUUCUGGACUCCCAGCACCCUCGAUGCA